ACCGGAAGUGGCUGUUGCCAGGCCGGGGUCACGUGGCCAGCGAUGCCGGUUGCUCUGCGGCGUCACCGUGUCGGGCCUACGGCCAUGUCGGAGCCGGAACCGGAGCCUGAGCCGGUACCAGAGGCAAAGCCGGAGCCUGAGCCAGCACCGGAGCCUCCCCCACCGACCAAGCCGGCCGCCUUCUCCGAGGAGCUGGUGCACAGCGUCUCGCUGUACCGUCGCCGGCCGCUGCUCCUCUACGGCACCCUGGGCCCGUUCGCGGCGCUGUACGCCGCCUGGCUCUACCUGUGGGUGUGCCACUACGGCACCAGCCAGUACCUGGAGGCUGGCCUGGUCUCCCUGGCCGCGCUAGGUAUCGCGCACGUCCUCACCGUGCUCUCCGGACACUGGUCCGUGCACGUCCACUGCCUGCUGACGUGCACCAAGGAGUCCAACCCCUUCAAAGCAACCUGGGCCAAGGUUGUUCCUACACCCAACAAUGGCUCCCCUGAACUUGUGCCACUUCUGCAUGACCAGGAUGAGCACCAGCAGAAAACCAUCUCUUUUGAGUUUCAGAAGAUUAAGUACUGGUUUGAUGAAAAUGAGGAAGAGUUCUGCCCAGUGGCUUUCCCAGUGAAUUUACAACUCCAGUUCUACCAGGGUGCCAAAGGGUUCCAGGAUGAGAAGGAGCUCGCAACAGCAGAAAGGAAAUAUGGUUCAAACAAGGCUGAAAUGGUGGUUCCUGAAUUCAUGCAACUCUUCAAAGAGAGAGCUACCGCUCCUUUCUUUGUCUUCCAGGUGUUCUGUGUAGGUCUCUGGUGCUUGGAUGAGUAUUGGUACUAUAGCGUGUUUACCCUUUUCAUGCUGGUAGCCUUUGAGGCUUCCCUAGUGCAGCAGCAAAUGAGGAACAUGUCUGAGAUUCGGAAAAUGGGCAACAAACCCUACAUGAUCCAGGUCUACAGGAACAGGAAGUGGAGGCAAAUCUCAAGUGACGAGCUCAUUCCUGGUGACAUUGUUUCAAUAGGUCGAUCACCUCAUGAGAAUCUGGUUCCCUGUGAUGUUUUGCUGCUCAGAGGUCGCUGCAUUGUAGAUGAAGCAAUGCUGACUGGGGAGUCUGUCCCGCAGAUGAAGGAACCGAUAGAAGAUGUUAACCCAAAUCACACAUUGGACUUGCAGGCAGAUUCAAAACUGCAUGUAAUUUUUGGCGGAACCAAAGUAGUUCAACAUUCUCCACCACAGAAAACCAGUGCAGGACUCAAACCUGUGGAUAAUGGAUGUGUUGCCUAUGUCCUGAGAACUGGUUUUAAUACAUCUCAGGGCAAAUUGCUCCGAACAAUCCUGUUUGGAGUCAAACGAGUUACAGCCAACAAUCUGGAGACAUUCAUUUUCAUCCUUUUCCUUCUCAUCUUUGCUAUUGCAGCCGCUGUAUAUGUCUGGGUUGAAGGUACAAAGGACCCGAACAGAAACCGUUACAAGUUAUUUUUGGAGUGCACACUAAUCUUAACGUCUGUUGUCCCUCCCGAGUUACCAAUUGAAUUGUCCCUGGCAGUCAACACUUCUCUUAUUGCCUUGGCUAAACUCCACGUUUACUGCACAGAACCUUUCCGAAUCCCCUUUGCCGGGAAAGUGGAAUUCUGCUGUUUCGAUAAAACUGGCACUCUGACGAGUGAUAAUCUGGUUGUCAGAGGAGUCGCAGGACUCAGGGAUGGGAAGGAGUUGAUCCCAGUGUCAGAGAUUCCCUUGCACACACAUCGGGUGGUGGCGACAUGUCAUUCGCUGGUACAGAUGGAUGAUGGAACAUUGGUUGGUGAUCCCCUUGAGAAGGCGAUGCUAACCGCAGUUGACUGGACCCUCACUAAAGAUGAGAAGGUUUUCCCCAAAAGUAUCAAGACGCAAGGUCUGAAGAUACACCAGCGCUUUCAUUUUGCUAGUGCACUGAAGCGUAUGUCAGUCCUCGGCUCUUAUGAAAUGCUGGGUUCUACAGAUCUCCAGUACAUCAGUGCUGUGAAGGGAGCUCCUGAGACACUACGUAGCAUGUUCUCCGAACGUCCCAGUCACUAUGAUGAUGUCCACACUGCCAUGUCACGAGAGGGAGCACGAGUAUUAGCCUUGGGAUAUAAGGAGAUGGGAUACCUUACUCAUCAACAGGUCCGAGCAAUAACCCGUGAGCAGUUGGAGUCAGACCUGAAAUUUGCUGGCUUCAUCGUGGUCUCUUGUCCUCUCAAGGCUGAUUCAAAAGCAGUCAUCAGAGAGAUCCAGAAUGCAUCACAUCAGGUAGUUAUGAUCACCGGUGAUAACCCCCUCACAGCCUGUCAUGUAGCCCGAGAGCUUCAUUUCAUUCAAAAGGAGCACACUCUUGUCCUCCAAGCACCACAAACUGAAGAUGCUUCAUGGUUAUGGGUGUCCAUUGAUGGUAAAGUUAUCCUUCCUGUGAUUCCUUCUGCCAUAAGUGAGCUGACUGAACAGUAUGACCUGUGUAUGACAGGGGAAGGGCUCAAUUAUUUAAAUAUGGUGGACCAGCCCUUCCUGAUGAAGCUGAUCCCCCAUGUGCACGUGUUUGCUCGGGUUGCACCCAAACAAAAGGAGUUUGUAAUCACCAGUUUCAAGAGCUUAGGCUACACCACAUUGAUGUGUGGUGAUGGGACAAAUGAUGUUGGAGCCUUAAAGCAUGCUGAUGUUGGAGUAGCUUUACUGGCGAAUGCUCCUGAGCGGAUUCCAGACAAGAGGAGGAGGACAAAAGAUGGGAUAAACGAUGGAAAAUCUUUCACUUCCAACACAAGCAGCAACAUGAAAACAACCUCUCGGGCUGCAAGGCAACGGGUUAUGUCACAGAGGGAGGAGCAACUCGCUGUUCAAAGGGAGCGUCUUAAUCAGGUACUGAAAGACCUAGAGGAAGACCAGAUGCCUGUAAUAAAACUGGGAGAUGCCAGCAUUGCAGCACCAUUUACUUCUAAGCUUUCAUCCAUCAUGUGCAUUUGUUAUGUGAUAAAACAAGGUCGUUGCACGUUGGUAACCACGCUGCAGAUGUUUAAGAUCCUGGCCCUGAAUGCACUGAUCCUUGCCUACAGCCAGAGCGUGUUGUACCUGGAGGGAGUUAAAUUCAGCGACUUUCAGGCCACGCUGCAGGGAUUACUUCUAGCUGGCUGCUUUCUCUUCAUCUCUAGAUCCAAGCCACUGAAGACCCUGUCAAAGGUUCGUCCACUGCCAAACAUAUUCAACCUAUACACUAUUCUCACCGUACUGCUGCAGUUCACUGUCCAUUUCGCCAGUUUAAUUUUCCUGUAUAGAUCUGCACAGGAAUAUUCUUCCUCCAGCACAGAAGAGUUUGUGGAUCUGUACAAAGAAUUUGAGCCCAGCCUGGUGAAUAGCACAGUGUAUAUCAUGUCCAUGUCAAUGCAGAUGGCCACUUUUGCCAUUAAUUACAAGGGUCAUCCAUUCAUGGAGAGCCUACGGGAGAACAAGCCCUUGCUGUGGAGUAUUGUGAUUUCAGGCCUCGCUAUCCUGGGCCUGCUCACUGGCUCCUCUCCGGAGUUCAGCGAACAGUUUGGGCUCGUGGAAAUUCCUACAGAGCUGAAAAUAGUGAUUGCGGAGGUCCUCGUGGCUGACUUCCUGGUGGCACUCAUGCUGGACCGGACCCUUCAGGCAUUGCUGGGGAGCAGCAGACUUCAUGUGCCUUCCUGAUGAUCAAGCUGGCAGACUGACCUGUCCUUCCUCCACACCGAGUCAAUCCAAGGCUGGGCACAUGCACAUCACCCAGAGAUUUCAGGGGGAGAGAGAGACUAGGCAUCAGGCCGUUCCCACCGACAGAACUUGUAACUCGCCAACUGUUUUCUUAGAUGGUUUUUGAUAUAUAAAAGAUAAAAAAAAAACUGGUAUUUUCCUACCUUCAAAAAAAAACACUUGGACGAGGGAAAAAAAUAAAUCUACGUGCAGUUUUGAGUGUUUGUGAAUUCAGCCCCUCAGCUCUCCAUCUCCUUAUAAACUGUGGAAUAUGAAAACUUCA